AUGGCCUCAAUUUCAGGCGAAACGUUUUUUCCUGCACAACCCGUCUCUUUAGCAGCAGCAGCAGCAGCAGCAGCAGCAGCAGUACCAGUAGCAGCAGCAGCAGCAGCAGCAUCAGCAGCAGCAGCAGCAGCGGCAAACAUCCGCCUGCCGCGGCAGCUGCUGCGAGCCCUUCACUUGCUGCCGCCGCAUCAAAUUGGGGUGUCUCUACAGCAGCUGGCGCGGCAGCAGCGGCGGCUGCCGCAGCAGUUUUGGUCUGCUGCUGCAGAGGCGCUCUUGCAGCAGCAGCAGCAGCAGCAGCAGCAUGCUGCUGCUGCUGCAAGAGCUGUUGCUGCUGCUUGUGGAGGGAAACAAGGCAGCAAAUUCGGAGAGCUAAGCUAUUUGCAGCAACAGCAGCAGCAGCAUUUGCUGCUGCAAAGCUCAGAGCGCUACGGCAACAGCAGCGACAGAACCAACAGCAGCAGCAGCAGCAGCAGCAGCAGCAGCAGCAGCAGCAGCAGCAGCAGCAGCAGCAGCAGUUGUCUCCUGCCGCAGCUGCAGCCUGAGCACUGCAGCACCAUCGCGAACGCUUUUGCUGCUGCUGCUGUUCCCCACCGCCGACUCUUCGCUGCCAUCAAUGACAGGUUUGCUGCAGCAGCAGCAGCAGCAGCCGCUGCUGCUGCUACUGCUGCUGCUGCUGCUGCGGCAGCAGGUCUUCCUCCCUCUGCUGCUGCCACUUGGCCUAAGGACUCCAGCUGCCGGGACAGGACAGCAGCAGCAGCAGCAGCAGCAGCAAAAUCAAGAGCAGCCGCAGCAGCAAUGGGGCAAACAGCAACACGAGCAAGACCACCGGCAGCAGCAGCAGCAGCAGCAGCAGCAGCAGCAGCAGCAGCAGCAGGGCUGCAGCCGCGGCACGUGUCUGUUUACUUGAAUGCGCUGGGGAAUCUCCGCAUGCGCGAAACAGCUCUAGCCUUUAUAAGGAUUCUUCAAAACAGCAGCAGCAGCAGCAGCAGCUGCAGCAGCAGCAGCAGCAGCAGCAGCAGUUGUGUGUGGCCUGCUGUAAUUGCUGCCAGCAGCGGCUGUGACUUGUCUAUGAUAUUCUCGGCCCUUUCAAAGCUGCAGAUACACUCCGAGCUGCUGCUGCAGCACCUGCUGUGCCGCCUGCAGCAGCUGCUGCAGCAGCAGCUGCUAAUCCAGCAGCAGCAGCAGCAGCAGCAGCAGCAGCAGAGGCAGCAGAUGCAGCCUGCGCUCGACGGCCGCAGCGCAGCGAACAUAUGGGCCUCCCUGGCGCAGCUGCAAAGCUCCAUCCAGCUGCAGCAGCAGCAGCAGCAGCAGCAGCAGCAGCAGCAGCAGCAGCUUUUGCUGCUGCUGCUGCUGCAGCUGGCUGCAGUGGAGUGGCACGUGAGGGAGUUGGGGUGUACAUACACCUCGCAGGGGCUGACACUUGUGCUGCAUGCAUUUGCAAAGCUGCAGCAGCCAGCGCCUUUGUUAUUUGCUGCUGCUGCUCCGCUGCUGCUGCUGCUGCUGCCCCGCUUCAAGCCGCCCUGCUUUGCUGCUGCUGCUCUGGCGUACACCAGCAGCAGCUGCUGCCUCCCGCUGCAGGAGGUGCAGCAGCUGCUGCUGCGCCUCUGCGGUGAGGUCGAGGCCCGCGCAGCAGCAGCAGCAGCAGCAGCAGCAGCAGCAGCAGCAGCAGCAGGGCCGCUACCUGGUUUUGCUGCGCAGCAAAUCUGCGGCUUUCUUGGAGCAGCAGCAAGUGCAGGCUGCUGCAGCCCCGGGGCCUUUAAGGCUUUGUGUGAGCAGCUGCUGCUGCUGCUGCAGCAGCAGCAGCUGCAGCCACGGGACGCAGCCGAAGCAGCAGCAGCAAAAGCAUACUCCCCGCAAGAAAUGACCAAGCUCCUUUGUGCGGUAGCUACCUUUGCAUGCAGCAGCAGCAGCAGCAGCAGCAACAGCAGCAGCAGCAACAGCAGCAGCAGCCUAGCUGCUGCAGCAGCAACUGAAAGCAACAAGGUCUGGCAGCAAGAGGGUGUUCGGCUGGCGCACGCUAUAGCAGCAGCAGCAGCAGCAGCAGCAGCAGCAGCAGCAGCAGCACCUCGUGUUGCUGCUGGCACUCCUUCAGACCCACGAAACGCAGCAGCAGCAGCAGCUUCAGCAACAACAGCAGCAGCAGCAGCAGCAGCAGCAGCAGCAGCAAAGUGGGACGCAGAAUCUGCCUGUCGGUUUCUCCAGGGCAGCCUGAAGCUGCAGCUUACUGCCCCCGAUGUGACUGACUGGGCCUGGAGGGUUUCUUUCCACAGCAGCAAACCGCCGUCGCUGUCAGCAGCUGCUGCUGCUUUAAGUGCAGCAGCAAAGUCUCUGCAGCCUUUAGAAGACAGGUAUGUACUGGGGAUUUGCCGGGCCAUCGCAGCAGGCGUGGAUGCGGAGCUAGCAGCAGCAGCAGCAGCAGCAAAAAAUGCAGCAGCAGCAGCAGCAGCAGCAGCAAGGACAGCAGCAGCACUGGAGCACGCGUCUGUUGCUGCUGCUGCUCUGACUCGUUUGUCUGUCAGCAGCAAACAACCCACUUCUCUAUUGUUGCUUCUCUCAUCCCACGUUGCUUUGCUGCUGCAGCAGCAGCUGCUGCUGCUGCAGCAACAUCAACAGCAGCAGCUACGGCAGCAGCAGCAGCAGCAGCAGCAAUACGGCUGCGCCAGUUUGCAAAGCCUCGCGCUGCUGCUGCUGUCUUGGGGCGCUGCCCGUAUCCACGCACCAGUAGGCGCAGCAGCAGCAGCAGCAGCAGCAGCAGCAGCAGCAGCAGAUGUGCGGUUCCUGACACUUAUCUUAUUGCUGCUGCAGCAGCAGCAGCAGCACGUGCGCUCUGCAGUAUCAGACAGCAGCAAAGCUGCAGCAGCAAGGCAGCUGCUGGUGGGUGCUGCUUGCUGCUGGCAUGCACAUGCAGCAACAGCAGCAGCAGCAGGUGCUGCUGCUGCUGCCCCGCUGCAGCUGCUGCAGUUGCUGCUGCAGAUUGCUCAAUUUGCUGGCAGCCUCAGCAGCCCCUCUGCAGCACCGUUUCUGCAGCAGCAGCAGCAGCAGCAGCAACAGCAGCAGCUGCUGCUGCAGCAGCAGCUGCUGCAGCAGCAGCAAAAUGACGUGUGCGACUUGAGCGCCGCCGAUGAAGGAACUUCUGAAAUGCACAAGGGGGUUGCUGCUGCUCUGGCUGCAGCUCUAGCCCAGCAGCAGCAGCAGCAGCAGCAGCAGCAGCAGCAGCAGCAGCAGCAACAGCGGCAGCAGCAGCAGUGGCAGUUGCUAGCUGAACAGCAGGUGGGAGUCUACCGAGUCGACUUGCUCGUGUCACCCUCAAGCUAG